GUGAAAGCUGAGCUUAAUCCCCGAGCAAACAAGCCAAUUCCCCGUGAACUGUGACAUUGUCGGAAGCUCAACCCUCUCUUAUUGCAUGCCUAACAGGACCUAUCAUACGCAGAAUAUUCAUAUUGUUUCAUCAUAUUGGCACAUCUACCGUUUUUAUUUCCCUGGGAGGAGAAAUGGCGCCUCAUGUAAUGUUAUCUUACCAAUGGGAUAUCCAAGCUCUUGUGAAAAGGGUUUACGAUCGGCUCAAGGAGGAUGGUUUACCAGUCUGGAUGGACAUCGAAGGUGGAGUUUCAGGCAACAUUAAUGAUGCGAUAGCAGCAGGGGUGGAGGAGGCUGCAGUUAUAUGUCCUUUCAUGACGCCAGAGUACCAGGCUUCACGCAGCGCCAAGAAGGAGCUGAACUACGCGGACACCCGGGGGGUGACCAUUGUGCCAGUGAUGGUGGCCAAGAACUGGGAGGCUUCCGAGUGGCUAGGGCUGAUCACUGCUGGGCUGCUCUGGAUAGACUUCAGAAAUGCUGAGAAGAGCGACGACCACUUUGAAAAGUGCAUCAAGUCCUUGGAGGAGGAGAUCAUGUUUUGCGCUGGGAACCUGCUGAGUGUGGAAGCCCCGCCCCUCGAUGUCAACGACACGCCCACGGAGAGACCCGCCGUGAGGAGAAAACCGGGAAGAGGGUUCCGUCAUGCUCUCACGGGACUCUACCUGUGGGAAUCAGGCAUGCAGAUAUUCCACCCAGCCAGUGACAUCAGGAACUCCGUAGAGCUCCACGACUCUCCAGGAGACAACGGGUACUGGGAGGAAAUACGGGGAGACAACUGCAAGCACUUCAGGAGCUUCAUCACCAGUGGAUAUUUAGGCUAUGACCCCAAUGGAAAUUCUACCUACACCAAAGCCAGUCCCCACAGGGCAGAAGAGUGGCAGCUGAUGGUGGACGAGACAGACAACAGUCCAGAGAGGGCUGUCAUCAUGAAGAAUAAGCACUCCCAAAGCUUUCUCGCAGUGCAUGAUGGGAAACUGACUGGACUGCAACACUAUGAUGAAAGCUGCAAAUGGUUUUUGGAGUAAUGGAUUUUUAACUUCAGCUGUGUCUAUCACGCAAGGCUACCCAUGACGAAGUUACCGUUACUGCUAAGCCACGAAGACUAUUGUGGAAAAAAUAAACCAAAAGAACAUCCCUUUUUAGAACAUUUUUGCAGUUUUGGUGUGUUGGCUGUCUGAUGGAGAAUAUGUGCAAAUGAAGUUUUUUUUGUAAAUCUGAAUUUAUAAAAUAAAGUCAACAAAACAUU